GAUAUGACGUGAUUGAUUGAUUGAUUCUCUAAAUAAGAUAUUGGUUGCCAUUAUCAUUAUCGGUUGUUUAUCAUAGAAGAAAUCAUAUAAACAACGUUCGUUGUCCUCUAUUCAAAUUUCAUUCAAUUUUAAAACAACAAACACAUUCGUUUCGAUUCAAGUCGUCAUCAAUAAGGAGAAAAAAUCAACUGGUGGUGAUUUUUUUUGUUUGUUUGUUUGGUCAAUCCACAGUCCAUCAACAACAUCAUCAAUCGAACAAAAAUGUUGGCUUUAAAAAAAAGCUUACUAAUGUUAUCGAUAUUGAUAUCAUUGAUAAUCAUAAUUGAUUAUAAUGUUCAAGGUAUGAUUAUUAAUGGUGGUCGUAAUGGUGAUGAUUCCAAUCAAAUUUCAACAACAUCAAUGAAUAAUAAUUCACUAAAAGUGAGUCAAUCUUCUUCUACUUCUCCUUUAAAUGAUCAUACGCUUUUCAAUAUUAUUCAUUUGUUACGCUUUUUAAAUCCCAAAUUAUUAGUUAAAGAAUAUAAUACGGCAAUUAGAGGUAAUAAAGCAUCAUGGUUAACAUGUCAAAUAUGUUCAAUGGCUGUUGGAGUUAUACGUUUAUAUCCAAAUUUACCAACUGUACAGGCAAUAUUUGUAAGUGUUUGCUCAUUGGGUUAUGAAGAAAGUCGUGUUUGUGAAGGUCUUAGUCAAUUGUUUGGUGAAGAAUUAAUCUACGUGCUGGUACAUUCAUCAUUGCAAAAUUCUGAAAUUUGUGGUCUUGUUAUUGGAACAAGUUGUAUGUCAACAAAUGCCUUAUAUCCACAUAGUGAUAAAUGGAAAUUACCACUGUUACCAUUAUCCAAUGAUGUUACCAAUGUUCUUUUGGAUCUUGAACAUCGACAAAAAUGGCGUGAAGAAAAUGCUGUUUCAGUGCAACAAACAAAUCAAUCAACAAUUCUUCAUUUAUCCGAUCUGCAUCUAGAUAUUUAUUAUCAACCAAAUGCACCGGCUGGUUGUAGUGAACCAUUAUGUUGUCGAUCAACAAGUACAUCGAAUAAACGUAGUCAUGCUGCUGGAUUUUGGGGCAGUAUGGAUAAUUGUGAUUCAGUACUACGUACAGUUGAAAAUCUUUUGACAACAAUUUCACAACAACAUUCUGAUAAAUAUCGUUAUCUUUUGUUGACUGGUGAUUAUAUACCACAUGAUAUUUGGAAUACAACCAAAGAAGAAAUCAUACAUACAACACGUACAUUUAAUGGUCUGAUUAAAAAACAUGUUCCAAAUGAUAAAAUUAUUAUACCGGUUAUCGGUAAUCAUGAAUCAAAUCCUGUUGAUCAAUUUUGUCCGGAAGAUUUAAAUAAACAUUUUUCAAGUCAAUGGCUUUAUGAAGAAUUGUUACAACAAUGGAAACAAUGGAUACCUGCUGAAUAUCAUGAAACAUUUAGACAAUAUGGUUAUUAUGCUGUUGUUGAUCAACAAGCUCGUUUUAUAGUAAUGAAUAUGAAUUAUUGUGCACGAUUAAAUUUCUGGAAUGUUUUACGUUAUCUGGAUAUGGGUGAUAUGUUACAUUGGUUACAACUUGAAUUACAAAAUGCAACAUUAUCUGGUCAAUAUGUUUACCUUGUUGGUCAUAUUGCACCGGAUGAAGAUGAAUGUUUUACACAUUGGGUAAUAACAUAUCGUGAUAUUAUUGAAAGAUAUAAAAAUAUUAUUCGUGGACAAUUUUUUGGCCAUACACAUUUGGAUGAAAUACGUUUAUAUUAUUCCAAUCAACCAUUAAAUAAUCCUGAACCAAUUGGUGUUGCUUACUUGGCACCAAGUGUUACUACUUAUUUAAAUGUAAUGCCAUCAUUUAGAUUUUAUUCAACCGAUACGGAAACAGGUGAACUUGUUGAUCAUAUGACAUAUUAUUUGAAUUUGACCAAAGCUAAUCAUAUGGAUAAACAUAAAUAUGAACCAAUCGAAACAACACCUGUAUGGGAAUUUGAAUAUAAUGCACGUGAUUCAUAUAAUAUGACAUCAUUAUCACCAAAAUCAUGGCAUCAAUUUACUGAACAAGUUUUAACAAAUCCAAUCUAUCUACGUCGUUAUUAUCAACAUUAUGGCCGGUAUAAUGAUGAUCAAACCGAUAUGAAACCAAUUUCUUCAAUGAUUAAUGUGAUUGAUAAAGUUUUUGUUCGUGUUUAAAAAAGUCUAUGUUUAUUUUCUCUUUCUCUCUUUAUCUUUUUUCCACUUAAAUUUUUUU